AUGGAUGACCUGUUUGAUGUUUUCGAGGGCAAGGCGGAGCCUCAAAGCUCCAGCGAAGAUGAGAGAACUCCUCAGAAGAGUCGCAGCAGAGCCCAGAGCAAGAAGCGAAAGGCCGACGAAGCCAUGAAUGGAAAUGCCGACGCCGACAUGGAUGCGACCAACGACGACGCCGACGUUGGCAUGGCUGAUGCCGCCGAGACUUCCAGAGACGAGGAUUCCGAGGGCGAGGACGACUCGGAGACGCCUGAAAAGCAGGACAAGAAGCGACGCAAGAAGGCUGACGGCGCUGGGCCUGUCAUGACGGACAACUUCCAGACGGCAGAGUCAAGAGAGGUUGCGGGUGCCUCGACAUUCGUCUCGCAAGAUUCGUCGCUCGUUCUGUCACACAAUAUCCAGCAUCAAGUGGCUCUUCCGCCGGAUCUCAACUACGAGUACAUACCUCUUUCAGAGCACAAGUCGCCCGAGGAGCCUGCACGAACAUAUUCUUUCAAGCUGGAUCCCUUCCAGAGCCUGUCUGUCGCAUCCAUUGAGCGCGAGGAGAGUGUGCUGGUAUCCGCGCAUACAAGUGCGGGAAAGACGGUGGUGGCGGAAUACGCAGUCGCACAAUGUCUCAAGCGCAACCAGAGGGUCAUCUACACUAGUCCGAUCAAGGCUCUGAGUAAUCAGAAAUAUCGAGACUUUGAGGCCAUCUUUGGAGACGUUGGCUUGAUGACGGGUGAUGUCACAAUCAACCCCACGGCCAGUUGUCUGGUCAUGACAACCGAGAUUUUGCGGUCAAUGUUGUACCGUGGUUCCGAGAUUAUGCGCGAGGUGGCCUGGGUUGUCUUUGAUGAAAUCCACUACAUGCGAGACAAGACUCGAGGUGUGGUUUGGGAGGAGACCAUCAUUAUGCUUCCCGACAAGGUCCGAUAUGUUUUCCUCUCGGCCACCAUUCCGAAUGCUUUCCAGUUUGCCGAGUGGAUUGCCAAGAUCCACCACCAAGCGUGCCACGUCGUUUACACCGAUUUCAGACCUACACCCUUACAAAACUACUUCUACCCUGCCGGAGGAAAGGGCGCAAGAAUGGUGGUGGAUGAAAAGGGCAGCUUUAACGAGGAAAAUUUCAACCUCGUCAUGGCUGAGGUUGAAGAAAAGAAGGGUGCUGACCCGGCUGACUUCACUGCCAAGAUGAAAGGAAAGGGGAAGAAUAAAAAGACCAACAAGGGUGGCGCUGACGAAGGCUCCGACAUCAACAAGAUCAUCCGAAUGACGGUCAGAAAGCAUUUCAACCCCGUCAUUGUCUUCAACUUCUCCAAGCGGGAGUGCGAAAACAUGGCCCUCAAGAUCUCCAACUUGAACUUCAACGACGAUUCUGAAAAGGCCAUGGUCAACAAAGUCUUCCAAAGUGCUAUUGACAGUUUGUCAGAACAGGACCGAGAGCUGCCACAAAUCAUGAACCUCUUGCCUCUGCUGCAAAAGGGAGUCGGCGUCCAUCACUCAGGUCUGCUCCCCAUUCUCAAGGAGACUAUCGAGAUUUUGUUCCAGGAAUCCUUGAUCAAGGUUCUAUUUGCGACGGAAACCUUUUCCAUUGGUCUCAACAUGCCUGCCAAGACUGUAGUCUUUACCCAGGUCACAAAGUGGGACGGCGUGCAGAGAAGACCAAUCACCUCAUCUGAGUACGUUCAGAUGGCAGGACGUGCUGGUCGUCGUGGUCUCGAUGCCAGAGGUGUUGUCAUUAUGAUGAUUGAUGACAAGCUGGAGCCGGAAGUUGCCAAGCAGAUUGUCACUGGCCAGCAGGACAGACUCAACUCUGCCUUCUAUCUGGGAUACAACAUGAUUCUCAAUCUCCUCCGAAUCGAAGCCAUCUCCCCCGAGUUCAUGCUGGAGAGAUGUUUCCACCAGUUCCAGAACGCGGCCAGCGUUCCCAGCUUGGAGAAGGAUUUGAUGGCACUGCAGCAAGAGAAGGACGCUCUGACAAUACCGGAUGAAGCCACUGUCAAGGAUUACUACACAAUCAGGCAGUCACUGAAUACCUACACCAAAGAUAUGCGAGCAGUCAUCCAGCACCCCAACUACUGCCUUCCCUUUUUGCAACCCGGUCGACUUGUGCAGAUCCACAAUGUGAAAGAGUCGGCAGAGAAGAUUGGCGGCGGACUCGAUUUUGGUUGGGGUGUCAUUACUGACCAGUACCAGCGACGAGCUCCCAAGCUUGGUGAGCCCGAUUACCCGCCUCAGGAAUCCCACAUCAUCGAGGUUCUGCUAUACAUUUCCAAGUCCAGCGCCGAAAUCAUCCCUGGCACGCUCGCUGGAGACAUGCCGCCCGGCCUUAAGCCAUCAGACGAGGAGGAUGGCAUGUUUGCGGUAGUGCCCUGCCUUCUCACAUGCAUCAAGGCCAUCAGCCAGAUUCGAAUUUUCAUCCCCAAGGACGGCCUGAAGUCCGAUGAUGAGCGCAAAGAUGCUUCAAAAGCCUUGAGCGAAGUGCAGCGUCGAUUCCCGGAUGGCGUGCCAAUUUUGGAUCCGCUGGAGAACAUGGAUAUCUCGGAUGAAUCUUUCAAGCAGCUUCUCCGCAAGAUUGAGGUUCUCGAGUCCCGACUGGUCACAAACCCUCUGCAUCUGUCUCCCAUGCUCCCGUCCCUAUGGGACCAGUACCACGCCAAGGUGCAAAUCUUGGACAAGAUCAAGGAGAAGAAGAAGGAGAUUGCCAAGGCUCACAGCAUUGCGCAGAUGGACGAGCUCAAGUCCAGAAAGCGUGUGUUGCGCCGCCUUGGUUUCAUCAACGAUGCCGAAGUCGUUCAACUCAAGGCUCGUGUUGCCUGCGAAAUCUCUUCCACAGAGGGUCACGAACUGCUCUUGUCAGAGCUUCUCUUUGAUCGAUUCUUCAACGAGAUGACACCCGAGGCGAUUGCCGCUGUGCUUAGCUGCUUCGUCUUUGACGAGAAGCUGGAGGCCCAGGCAUUGAAGGAGGAGCUGCAGAAGCCGUUCCGCGAGAUCCAGGCCAAGGCUCGCAUGAUUGCCAAGGUUAGCCAGGAGUCCAAGUUGGACGUCAACGAGGACGAGUACGUCCAGAGCUUGAAGUGGCAGCUUAUGGAGACUGUGUAUGCAUGGGCUCAGGGACGAACGUUUGCCGAGAUUUGCAAAAUGGCAAAUGUCUACGAAGGCUCAUUCAUCCGCAUCUUCCGCCGUCUCGAAGAGCUCCUGCGACAGAUGGCCCAGGCCGCAAAGGUCAUGGGCAACGAUGACCUGACGAAGAAGUUUGAUGAGAGUUUACAGAAGAUUAGGAGAGAUAUCGUGGCCGCCCAGAGCUUGUACCUGUAA